GCAGAGGUCCGCUACGUGCGUGCAAAGGGCAGCCUAAAAACGGAACGCCAACAUGGUCCGGGCCCCCAGACAGACCCGAAUACUGAUCCUCAAUGACAUGGAGCGAAUGGAGAGGACGCUGUUCCGCCUAGAGCAAGGCUUUGAGCUUCAGUUCCGUCUGGGCCCAACUCUUCAGGGUAAGCAGGUCCGGGUCCACACCAACUAUCCUGCCGAGGGCAAGAAACUAGACCGUCUUGCCUUCCGUCCCCUGGAAUGGGUCAACGUGACGGGCAGGGAGGAUGACUGUGAUAAGUACUGCAAACUGAACCUGCAGGUGGCUGGCUCCUACCAGUACUACUUCGGCUGUGGUGACGAGGAGAAGGUUGGCAGCGGUUACAUCGUAGUGGACCCGGUGCUGAGGGUUGGAGUAGACGAUCAUGUUCUCCCACUGGACUGCAUCGCUAUCCAGACCUACCUGACCAAGUGCCUGGGUCCCCUUGAUGAAUGGCCUAAAAGGCUCAUGGUUGCCAAGGAGGCUGGCUACAACAUGAUCCACUUCACCCCACUUCAGAAGCUGGGUUUGUCUGGCUCCUGCUACUCCUUGGCGGACCAGCUGGAGCUGAAUCCAGAGCUCUCUCCUGAGGGAAGGAACUACACCUGGUCAGAUGUAGGGAACCUGGUGGAGAAGCUGAAAAAAGAGUGGAACAUGCUGUGCAUCACUGAUGUGGUCUACAACCACACAGCUGCUAACAGCAAGUGGAUCCGGGUCCAUCCUGAGUGCGGUUACAACCUGGUGAACUCUCCCCAUCUGAAACCAGCCUGGGUCCUGGACAGGGCCCUGUGGCACCUCAGCUGUGAUAUUGCUGAUGGGAAGUAUGCUGAGAAAGGUGUGCCAGGGCUCAUUCAGAACGAACAGCACAUAAAUGCCCUGCGCAGUCUCCUGUGGAAGGAGGUGUAUCCCAGGAUCAAGCUGUGGGAGUUCCUGCAAGUUAAUGUGGAGAAGGCAGUGGAGCAGUUCAGGAAAUUGCUGCAGGCUGGCAGUAGUGCUGAGCAAUCCAUUCCUAAUGGGACGAAGGAGCUGAAGGUUGUGCAGGAUCAUCAGUACAGACGCUUUGGAAACACCGUAGACAUGACCUCUGCUCUUAGCUCCUUCAGACCUCAAAGUUCCAGCCCAUCACACAUUCUAGAAUGUUGCAACUGGUUCAAGAGUAGAGUGGAAGAGCACAAUAUGGAAUGCUACAAGGAGAUGCACUACCAUGCAGAACAGGCUUCCAACUGCAUUGUGGGAACAGUGUUUUAUCAGCGCUUGGCAGACCACGGGCCUAAGCUGGGGCCGGUCACAAGGAAGGACCCUCUUGUUACCAAGUAUUUUACCUUUCCAUUCGAUGACAUCACCUUUGACCAAGAGAUGCAGCUGAUGAGCCAGAUUGACAAAGCGUGUCAUCUGCUGGCGCUCAAUGGCUGGGUGAUGGGCGAUGACCCCCUCAGGAACUUUGCUGAACCAGGCUCUAAUGUGUACCUCUGCAGGGAGUUGAUCUGCUGGGGGGACAGUGUGAAGCUGCGCUACGGUGACAGACCAGAGGACUGUCCUUACCUGUGGGCCCACAUGAAGAAGUACACCGAGAUCACCGCCAAACACUUCGCUGGAGUCCGUCUGGACAACUGCCACUCCACCCCGCUGCACGUGGCGGAGUACAUGCUGGAGCAGGCUCGUGUGCAGAGGCCCGACCUGUAUGUGGUGGCUGAACUGUUCACAGGCAGCGAGGAGCUGGAUAAUGUCUUUGUCACUAAGCUGGGCAUUACCUCGCUCAUCAGAGAGGCAAUGAGUGCAGGUGACAGCCAUGAGGAGGGCAGGUUGGUGUACCGCUUUGGAGGGGAGCCAGUCGGUGCCUUUGUCCAGCCCACACUGAGGCCUCUGGUGCCGUCCAUCGCCCACGCCAUGUUUCUGGAUGCCACACACGACAAUGAGUGUCCCGUCCAGAUCCGCUCAGUCUACGACUCUCUCCCCAGCUCUGCCAUCGUGUCCAUGGCCUGCUGUGCAACAGGCAGCACCAGAGGAUACGAUGAGCUGGUACCCCAUCAGAUCUCGGUGGUGAACGAGAAGCGCCUGUACUCCUGCUGGAACCCUGAGGCCAAGCCCGCCGAUCCACAAGAGGUCAACCUUCAGACGGGCAUCAUCGCUGCUAAACUGUCCCUCAACAAGCUGCAUCAGGAGCUGGCAGCCAAGGGCUUCUCUCAGGUUUAUGUGGACCAGGUGGAUGAAGACGUAGUUGCCGUGACCAGACACUGUCCCAGCAGCCACCAGUCAGUUGUGGCCGUGUCACACACUGCCUUCAAAGACCCAAAGACACACCAUUAUAGAGAGGAUGUGCCACCUAUGGUUAUCCCAGGUGAGAUUGAGGAGGUGGUGCUGGAGGCACGGACCGUGGAGAGAGCCGGCGGCUCCUACGUUAAGGAUGAGAAGAGCAUCAGUGGUCUGCCGAACUACACCGUAGAGAUCCGGGAGCACAUUCAGCUGGAAGACAGCGAGGUUGUGAAGCAGGCUGACAUCACCUCCAGGGGCAGCAGUGAAUUUGUCCAGGAGAUCGUGUUUGAAAAGCUCACUCCAGGCAGCGUCAUCGUCUUCAGGGUGAAUCUAGAUCCGCAGUCUCAGGAAAUGGUGGGCAUUCUGCGCCGCCACCUGAUCCAGUUCAGCCCUCUCUACAGGACAGGCAGCUUGGCAGAUAACAACGCUCCAGCCAUACUUACAGCACCACUAGAGACGGUAAUGUCCAAGCUGAGCCUGGCUGAUAUGAACAUGCUGCUGUACCGCUGCGACGCCGAGGAAAGAGAGGAUGGAGGAGGAUGCUACAACGUCCCCUCCUGGCAGCCCCUCAAGUAUGGAGGUUUGCAAGGGCUGGUGUCUGUGAUGGCUGAGAUCCGUCCUAGGAACGACCUGGGUCACCCGUUUUGUGACAACCUGAGGCAGGGAGAUUGGAUGAUUGACUACAUCGCCAGCAGACUGCUGGCCAAGGGAGGAGCGCUGGGAGAGGUUGGCAAGUGGUUCCAAGCCAUGUUCAGCUACUUGAAACACAUCCCUCGCUAUCUUGUCCCCUGUUACUUUGAUGCUAUCCUUCUGGGAGCCUAUACAACUGCUCUGGAUGAAGUCUUCAAGCAGAUGUCAAGCUUUGUGCAGAACGGCUCCAGCCUGGUCAAACAGCUGGCCCUGGGUUCAGUACAGAUGUGUGGGGUAGGCAGCUACCAAGCUUUACCACCCCUCUCCCCACACCUCCAGGACGUUCCUCACUGCCUCAAUCUUGUCACUGGCAAGGAAGAACAGUGCUGUGUCUCUUUGGCUGCAGGUCUCCCACACUUCUCCUCAGGGAUCUUUCGUUGCUGGGGCCGGGACACCUUCAUUGCUCUGAGAGGCUUAAUGCUGGUUACCGGCAGACACGUGGAGGCCAGGAACAUCAUCCUGGCGUUUGCAGGCACACUGUGCCAUGGUCUCAUCCCAAACCUGCUGGGCAAGGGAACAGCAGCACGCUAUAACUGCCGCGAUGCUGUGUGGUGGUGGCUGCAGUGUGUCCAGGACUACUGCACCCUGGUGCCCCAUGGGACCGACAUCCUCAUGUGCCCUGUUUCCAGGAUGUACCCCACCAACGUGUCUGAGCCACAGCCAGCAGGAGCAUGGGAGCAGCCCUUGUACGAUGUAAUCCAGGAAGCCAUGCAGCGGCACAUGCAGGGAAUAGAGUUCCGGGAGAAAAAUGCUGGGCCACAGAUAGACCGCAACAUGACUGAUGAAGGGUUCAACGUAGAGGUCAAGGUAGACCAGGACACAGGCUUUGUCUAUGGAGGAAAUCGCUUCAACUGUGGCACCUGGAUGGACAAGAUGGGGGAAAGUGAGAAAGCCAAAAACAAGGGAGUCCCCGCUACACCCAGGGAUGGCUCUGCAGUUGAGAUUGUUGGCCUGUGUAAGUCUACUGUGCGCUGGCUGGUACAGCUCCACAAGAACGGCCUGUUCCCAUAUGCCACUGUCACCGUACGCAGAGAAGGCAAGAACGUCUUUGUGCCGUAUGUGGAAUGGGACCGUAAGAUCCAGGAGAACUUUGAGAAGAAGUUCUACGUGUCUCAUGAUCCUCAGGACCAUGAGAGACAUCCCGGCCUGGUCCACAAAAGAGGCAUCUACAAGGACAGCUACAAGGCCUCCAGUCCCUGGUGCGACUACCAGCUCAGGCCAAACUUUGCCAUCGCCAUGGUGGUGGCUCCUGAGCUGUUUACUGUGGAGAGAGCUUGGGAGGCUCUCGGUGUGGCUGAGGAGAAGCUCCUCGGGCCGCUUGGGAUGAAAACCCUUGACCCUGAUGACAUGGUGUACUGUGGCAUCUAUGACAACAGUAUGGAUACUGACAACUUCAACCUGGCUAAGGGCUUCAACUACCAUCAAGGGCCAGAAUGGCUGUGGCCUGUGGGCUACUUCCUGCGUGCUAAACUCUACUUCGCCAAGAAAAUGGGAGAGGAGACGUACAAUAAAACUGUUAGCCUGGUGAAAAAUGUCCUGUCUCAGCACUACGUCCAUUUGGAGAGGUCAUCAUGGAAGGGUCUUCCUGAGCUAACCAAUGAGAAUGGCCAAUACUGCCCCUUCAGCUGUGAGAGUCAAGCCUGGUCAAUUGCCACCAUGCUGGAGGUCCUGUACGACCUCUGACCCUUCUCACCACCAUCACCUACAACACUAUCACCAAUCUAAUGCACACAUCUAUUAACGGAUCACCAUGAAUUAAGUGCAAUUGCCAGAUCGUCGCGCAACGCACCGCACCCACUGUGUUUCCCCCCAGAGCAGGGUGGCCUCAUAGUGAACGACCUGCCUUCAACGGGAAGGUCCAGGAUUUUUACCCCUGUCAAAGUGUCCAUUAGCAGCCGUCUGCCCUGUUCAGAUGUUCUUAUGCCAGAGAUGGAGAUGAAGGAUAAACAAGUCAGAUAAAUGGCAAAAGUCUGAAUGGAAAAGCAUUGUGUUAAAGCUCCCCAAACACUUGACCGUCAUUAUUGAAAUGCAGUGCCGCUAAUUUGCCCUGUUGAUGACUUCUUUACUUACAGCUUGGGACUUUAUUUUUAGCAAGUUUUUUUCCCUCGGGACUGACUGCACAUUUACAAAGCCGAAAAGGAAAAAUGAUUUCACUUUAGCGGGGUGUCACCAAAAAAAGUCCAAGUACACCAUGCAAACCUUAUCUCUGGAUUCAAGCAAAGGUAGAAAACAUACAAUUCCUCUUGGAGCUCACAGCAGAAGUACCUUGGAGCAAGAGAUCUUACAGCCAGUGAUGGAAUGGAGCUUUUCUAACGAAGCUAUUGAAGGCGGGAGUUGAAAUGCACAGCUGCUGGAUGUAUGGGUGUAACUGUGAGAUGAGGCUUGGCUGCAAAGCCGUGUACAUUUUCAGAAAACCUUUCCCAGAUGAAUAAAGGACACGACGAGACGAUGUCAGAGUUCUUAUUGAGGCAUGUGAAUUGAAAUGGAUUUUUCAAUUAAAAAGCAAUCAAUGAAUUUUUAGCACGACCAUUAAGUAUCUGCUUAUCUGUCUGAUAUCUUGGCACCACUGUAAAAAGAGCUUACGUUUCCUUCCAAGCCGAAAACAAGUCAAUAAAAUAUGAGACCUCU